CAGAGGAGCCACAUUCACCUCACAGCACAGAGCUUCUGUCAAUAAUCUGCACAGUCUUCUGCUCAGGACAAGGCAAACAUGGUUUAUGGACUGUCUUUAAGCAUAUCUUGGAUCUGUCUGCUGAUUAGCAGUGGUUCUUGUUUUCCUACUGCAAAAGGAGACUACAAAUAUCCCUACACUGCUCCCAGAGGCUUCAGUGGUGAUGCUGCUCCAAGAACAUCCCCUCUUAAUCCAGGCUCACGGGCUGCUCUGCUGGACCUGCAGUAUGGCCAAUCUGCUGGCUAUCAGCAGCCUUCCCAACAGCCCGGCGCUCCCACUGGAAACCAGUCCCCAUCUGGUGUGGGAGGUCCCAGUGUGGUCCUAGGCACGUCACCAAGUUAUGAGCCAAACAGGUUCCUCGUGAGUUCUGGAUCCAGCUCUAACAAACCCUUCAGUGGUCCUGAAGUUCCUUCCCAGGGUGCCGGGUACGUCAGCCCUCCUCGACCUGCCAACACUGGAAGCUUUUCUGUGAAGCCUCAAGCUGCUGGUGGUGCAGCAUCUGACCCAGUCUAUGCAGCUCCAGCGUACUCUAAUUCCAGGUACAUGGCACCAACCUUGGACUUUGGUGAUGGACCUGUUCCUUACAUCGGUGAUCCUACUGCCUUCAACUAUGGUUAUGGAUCUUCUAAUGCCAAUGCAAACACUGGUCCAGCAACUUAUUACACAGCUGACACCAGCAGCUAUGGUUCUUACUACGCUGCUCCUGAAACCUCCAGCUAUGGUUCUGAUUCUGCUCCUGGCCUUCCUUGGGUUGAACAGCCAAUUGAAACCUCGUUCUCCGACCCCAGCAACUGGCUGCCACGAGGUGAUUUCCCAGACUUCAGCGUCUGGGGGUCUAAUGCCAACUCCAAGAUGUCCAAGACUGCUGAGAGUGAGGAGGAGACUUCCCCCAUACCGUCUUCAACCUACAUCAUCCAGUCCAGAAACGGCUACCUGCGAGGACUGGAAUACAGGUCCCACACUAACUACGCCCCAGAGGACCCGGAACCACUAGUGUUUGUCGCUGAGCCUGUCACAGCACCUCGACCAGCUGCUCCUUCCAAAGGAGGAAAGAAGAUCUAAUGAGCAGUAGCGGAUCAGCAGAGCAUCUGAAACUUGUAAAGGUUUUAAUAAAAUCUCUAACCAGA